UCGCACUGCCUUUUUAUCAUUAAAAGUACUAUCGUAAACAAAAACAUGAUAAAGCGUGCGAGUAAUUCGUAAAAAGUACCAUAAUCUCAAUUAUUGAAGUUAUUCCAAAUUAUACCUAUUUAAGUUUAAAACGUGAUUUUGAACCAACGUUUAACCGUUCAAAAUGAACCCAAAUCGUGUGACACCGAACAAGUUUCGCUCCCUGAUAAAAAUAACCAGUCUUGGAGUGGCCACAUUUAGUGCCGUCUGUUUGUGCCGAAGCAACGAGAAAUUCUACGACCGAAUGUUCAUGCCCAUCGUGCGAUUGAUUCCGCCGGAAACGGCCCACCGGAUAGCUGUGUUCAGUGUGAAGCUCGGCUUGAUUCGACCCAGCUACCAGGAUCCAGGAAUACUGCGCACCAAACUGCUCGAUAUGACACUAAGCAAUCCGGUCGGUAUUGCGGCCGGUUUCGAUAAGCAGGGCGAAGCGGUCUGUGGACUAAAUCGGCUUGGAUUUGGCUUCGUAGAGGUCGGAUCCGUCACGCCAAAACCACAACCGGGCAACCCACGGCCAAGGGUGUUUCGGCUGAAUGAGGAUAAGGCGAUUGUUAAUAGAUAUGGGUUCAACAGUGAUGGACACAAAGUUGUCUACGAGCGACUAAGGAAAGCACGCGAGGAAUGCGGUGAUGAAGUAGUACUGGGAAUCAAUUUAGGUAAAAACAAAUUGUCGACGGAUGCGAUCGGAGAUUACGUAAAAGGUGUUAAAAAGUUCAGUUGUUUGGCUGACUAUCUGGUCAUAAACAUAAGUAGUCCGAAUACGCCCGGGCUAAGGUCAAUGCAAAAUAAGAGCACCCUUCAUAUGCUGUUGAGUGAUGUACUGAAGGCCCGGAGUUCCUUGCCAGAAACGGAUCGACGACCGAUCUUGGUUAAACUAGCUCCCGAUUUGUCCGACGAAGACGUUCAGGAGGUUAUCGCAGUUGUGAAAGACAAGGAAUGUGCCGUGGAUGGCCUGAUCGUAUCGAAUACGACAAUCGAACGACCGCCAAGUUUAAAGAGCAUCAACGCCGGACAGCUGGGUGGUUUGAGUGGAGUACCGCUGAGCCAAAGAUCUACUCAACUGGUGGCUAAGGUAUACAAAUGGACUGACGGUAAAAUUCCGAUCAUUGGCGUAGGUGGAAUUUUUAGCGGUCAGGAUGCAUUCGACAAAAUUCUCGCCGGUGCCAGCGCGGUCCAGUUGUACACGGCGUUUAUUUACCACGGGCCGCCGAUUGCCAUUCGGGUGAAACGAGAACUAGAACAGCUCCUCCAAGACAAUGGAUACGAGAGUGUUCAGCAGGCCGUUGGUAAGGGAGUGGAUCAUUUUUUAUAGUGUCUAUUGUUGAUAACAGGGUCAUUUAAUGGCGCCGCAAUUAAAUAUAGUAAGUUACUAAAUACAUUUUGAUAAUAAAUAA